AUCACCCAGCAGCUGGAGGGCAUCUGUCUGCAGGUGAUCGGCACUGUGCUGCAGCAACAUGUACUGGAGUUUUAUGAGGAGAUCCUGUCCUUGGCUCACAGCCUGACCUGCCAGCAGGUGUCGCCACAGAUGUGGCAGCUCCUUCCACUGGUGUACGAAGUCUUCCAGCAGGAUGGAUUUGACUACUUCACAGAUAUGAUGCCUCUUCUUCACAACUAUGUCACAGUCGACACAGAUACUCUUCUGUCUGACACCAAAUACCUGGAGAUCAUCUAUAACAUGUGCAAAAAGGUCCUGACAGGUGAUCCAGGUGAGGACCCAGAGUGCCAUGCCGCCAAGCUGUUGGAGGUGAUCAUUCUGCAGUGCAAAGGUCGCGGCAUUGACCAGGUUGUGCCCUUGUUUGUGGCUGCUGCAUUGGAGCGUUUGACGCGAGAGGUGAAGACCAGCGAGCUGAGGACUAUGUGCCUGCAGGUGGCCAUUGCUGCACUUUACUACAGCCCCCCUCUUCUCCUCAACACUCUGGAAAAUCUCCGCUUUCCAAACAACACCGAGCCUAUCACUAACCACUUCAUAACCCAGUGGCUCAAAGACGUCGACUGCUUCCUUGGCCUCCACGACAGGAAGAUGUGCAUUCUCGGUCUUUGUGCUCUUAUCGACCUUGAGCACAGGCCUCAGGCAGUCAACCAGGUGGCCGGCCAACUUCUUCCAGCAGCCAUCCUGCUGUUCAACGGCCUCAAGAGGGCGUACGCCUGUCGAGCAGAGCACGAGAAUGACGAAGAUGACGAGGACGAAGACGGGGAAGACGAGGACGACAACGCUGAGCUGGGCAGUGACGAGGAUGACAUCGAUGAGGAGGGCCAGGAGUACCUGGAGAUGCUGGCGAAGCAAGCGGGUGAGGACGGAGAUGAUGAAGACUGGGAGGAGGACGAUGCUGAGGAGACGGCACUUGAGGGCUACACUACAGCUGUAGAUGAUGAAGAAAACUUAGUGGACGAGUAUCAGAUCUUCAAAGCCAUACUACAGAAUAUCCAGAGCCGUGACCCAGCAUGGUACCAGGCACUAACACAGGCCCUUGAUGAGGACCAGGGCAAACACCUUCAUGAAAUUGGCACACUUGCAGACCAGAGACGGGCAGCACAUGAAUCCAAGAUGAUCGAGAAACAUGGCGGGUACAAGUUCACAGCGCCAGUGGUGCCAUCUACUUUCAACUUUGGAGGCACUGCUCCAGGAAUGAAUUGAGUCAUCUGUUCUACUUUUUAUUACUCUGUGACUGAUUGUAGUGAAGUGAAAAAAGCUUGUGUUGUUCCCUUAAGUAGUGGUUCCAGAACUGGUUCUUCUCAGUCAUUCUUCAAAUCUGUCAAAUGGGGAAAUAGCACCAGAAGAUGUGGGAAAGCAACCAAAAUGCAACCAAUGGCUGUGGAAAACAAACCAAGAACUUGAGCACGAUGCAAGAGAAGAAGCUCUGAACAACGUUGUCUUCUGGAGCCCAGUGUGGAAGGGGAUACCAUGACGGCAACUCUUUUGUUUUGUUUUUCCCACUUAAACAAAUUUUGGGGAUUAACUGUUAGAAAUUGAUAAUGGGACUAAAUAUUUCAUUAUCACUGUUGUGGCCAAAUGGCUGUAAUGAUUAUACCUCUGGUAGUGGUGAUAUAUACGUUAUUUUCUGCAUAAACAAACACUCGUUUAUGUACAUACAAGCCAAGGUUAUUGAUUUUUCAAGUAGCCUUGAAAAACAACCAGAGGCAUUUGUUAAGGUGUUAACAGCUGUAUUCAUAUGUAGCAUAUUGGAUACUUCAUAGCACUAUGUGAUGCCUGAUCUCUGUAAAUUAAUGACUAGCACUUUCAUAUUGUUCAGGUCUCCUAGCCUUCUGUAUCAGACUGCAAAUUUUUUAAAUUGAAGACUAUUUAAAAUGAAAACAGCUGUAACUUUGUUACUUUGCAAGCGACUUCUGUAAUGGCUGGUUGUCACGCAUCUGGUUACAGAGUGGAACAGUGGGCAACUCGGAAACAUUAUUGAUUUCAGGAAAAAAAGAGAAUGCUCUUGGUGUUCAGUAUGGCUACAGGACAUGUGUUUUUGAGCACUGAAAGUACAAUUGAAUACAUCAUUGAAGCAUGUACAAUUGGACUUAUCGUGAAGGUCUCAAGCUUUUGGUUGGUGUAUGGAUGAACCAUCUAUAUAUUCAACAACAUAUUAAAAAAAAAAAGCUAAGGGAA